GGCUUGUUGAACUCAAGGGGGCGAGGCUCAUUGACAGGCGCCCCCAGCUACCAGCAGACCUGAGUAGCUGUAUCUGGCACCCGAACUGAAGACAUGUGUGGAAUUUUUGCCUAUCUCAACUACCAUGUGCCAAGGACUCGGCGUGACAUCCUUGAGAUCCUCCUCAAAGGUCUCAGACGUCUAGAAUACAGAGGCUACGACUCAGCUGGUGUGGGCAUCGAUGGGGGAAAUGGCAAGGAGUGGGAGACGAAGGCCAAAUCUAUCCAACUGAUCAAACAACGUGGAAAAGUAAAGGCUCUCGAUGAGGAGAUUCACAAGCAGCAGGAUAUUGACCUGGAUGUGGAAUUUGAUGUUCAUCUCGGCAUUGCUCACACACGCUGGGCAACCCACGGUGAGCCCAGUCCCGUCAACAGUCAUCCCCAGAGAUCAGACAAGAACAACGAGUUCAUUGUGAUCCACAAUGGAAUCAUCACCAACUACAAAGACCUGAGGAAAUUCUUGGAGAGCAAAGGCUAUGAGUUUGAGUCGGAGACCGAUACAGAGACUAUUGCCAAGUUGGUGAAGUACAUGUAUGACAACAGGGAAAGUGAUGACAUCAGCUUUGCCACAUUGGUUGAACGUGUAACUCAGCAGCUGGAGGGAGCGUUUGCACUUGUCUUUAAGUGUGUCCAUUAUCCUGGAGAGGCUGUUGUCACAAGGAGGGGAAGUCCUCUACUGAUUGGAGUCCGUAGUGAUCAUAAGCUAUCCACUGAUCAUAUUCCUAUCCUCUACCGCUCCUCUGGCAAAGACAAAAAGGACAAAAAGAACUGCAAUGCUCUACCCAGGCUGGACCAGGACACCUGCUUGUUCCCUGUUGAAGAGAAAGCUGUGGAGUACUACUUUGCAUCUGAUGCUAGUGCUGUGAUUGAGCACACAAACCGGGUGAUCUUCCUGGAGGACGAUGAUGUGGCUGCAGUGAUGGACGGACGGCUGUCCAUCCACAGGAUGAAGCGCAGAGCCGGAGACCACCCCGCCCGUGCCAUCCAGACCCUGCAGAUGGAACUACAGCAGAUCAUGAAGGGUAACUACAGCUCUUUCAUGCAGAAGGAGAUCUUUGAGCAGCCAGAGUCUGUUGUGAACACUAUGAGAGGAAGAGUCAACUUUGACAACAACACAGUCACACUGGGUGGACUGAAAGAUCACAUCAAAGAAAUCCAGAGAUGUCGACGACUCAUCCUUAUUGCCUGUGGCACCAGCUACCAUGCUGGAGUAGCAACCCGUCAGGUUCUGGAGGAGCUUACCGAGCUGCCUGUUAUGGUGGAGCUGGCCAGUGACUUCCUGGACAGAAACACACCGGUCUUCAGGGACGACGUCUGCUUUUUUAUCAGCCAGUCAGGGGAGACAGCUGACAGCCUCAUGGCCCUGCGCUACUGUAAGGAGAGAGGCGCUCUGACUGUGGGCAUCACCAACACUGUAGGCAGCUCUAUCUCCAGGGAGACCGACUGUGGAGUCCACAUCAACGCUGGGCCUGAGGUCGGAGUAGCCAGCACCAAGGCUUACACCAGUCAGUUCGUGGCCCUGAUCAUGUUCGCUCUCCUGAUGUGCGACGACAGAAUUUCCAUGCAGCCCCGCCGCCGUGAAAUAAUCCAGGGCCUGAGAGUGCUUCCAGAUCUGAUUAAGGAAGUCCUCAGUUUGGAUGAUGAAAUCCAGAAGUUGGCAACAGAGCUGUACCAGCAGAAGAGUGUACUAAUCAUGGGCAGAGGUUACCAUUAUGCAACAUGCCUGGAAGGAGCACUGAAAAUUAAGGAAAUCACUUACAUGCACUCAGAGGGCAUCCUGGCUGGAGAGCUGAAGCACGGUCCUCUGGCCCUGGUGGACAAACUGAUGCCGGUUAUCAUGAUCAUCAUGAGAGAUCACACCUACACCAAAUGUCAAAACGCCCUGCAGCAAGUUGUUGCUCGCCAGGGUCGUCCCAUCCUGAUUUGUGACAGAGAUGACCAUGAAACCAUCAAAAACUCUAGCCGCACCAUCAAAGUGCCUCACUGCGUGGACUGCCUGCAGGGCAUCCUGAGCGUCAUACCCCUGCAGCUGCUGUCCUUCCACCUGGCCGUCCUCAGAGGUUACGACGUGGACUGUCCAAGAAACCUGGCCAAGUCAGUGACUGUAGAGUAAACGGUUCCACUCAUCACCCAACAGCAGAGGCCGGGGCUGUUGGGAGGAGAAACAACGUCCUGUUUGGACAUCCUGUACUACUUUUAUUGCAAUUGUUACGAUUGGUUUCUAUCAUUGUGUAUUAUUUGUAUCUUUUUAAAAAACCCUGGCUUUUUAUGUUACUGUUAGUGAAGUUUUUGUCUGUGGUGGCAGUGUCUGGGCUGACGUAAUCCCAUUUUUACGUACCAUAUGGGUUUAUUUACAUUCUUGCUCAAAACUUGAGUGAGCCCUCCAUGAUUGUUGUUGCUGAUUGGUCUCUAAGGGGAGCUGAAUUCAAAGCUGUUUAAUGAGACUUUAAAGACUUCUGGGCUUCUCUCUCUCUCUCUCUCUCUCUCUCUCUCUCCACUAUCUCUCUCUCGCUAUCUCUCUCUCUAUCUUUCUCUCUCUCGCUAUCUCUCUCUCUGUGUGCAAUGAUUUGUUAGGUUUAGUUGAGAUUUUCUUUCUUUGGCAGCUAAUGAUUUAGAGUGUUUUACUCCACAGCUGAAGUAAACCACAGACUUGAUUCAUUCCAAGCCAUAGGUCAUCACUUCCUUAUAACUGCAGCUCAGUUUUACAUCUUUUUUGUUUUUGUUUUGGAUUUCUUCUUCUGAAGAAAUGCAGCUUUCUGGGGGAGUAGCAUCAUGGCUUAAAUCACAGAGCAAAAAAUGUUACAGUAGCUUGAACUUUGUUUGCAGUUUGUAAAUCCUAGUUCUUGUAUCCAUCUUUUCUUGCUUUGUGUACAACACAUUUUGACUUUUGUUGCCUUACAAAGAGCAGGUCGUAGCUGACAUUUAAACUACAAUAGAUUAUUUAAAGUAAGGAAAAACCUACUGACAAGUUGAAGUUAGGUAUACCAGCCCUCACUCUGCCACCAUGACUUAUUACGUUGCAAUACUGGGACCAUUUAUAACUUUUCUUUUUAAUGCAUUUUGUAUUAGUUAAUAACAAAAAAGUGAAUGUUACUGUCAAAAAAAGUCAAAACAAAAAUCCCUGCAAUGGCUUUGACAAUUGUAAACCAAAACCUAUAGACUUUGUUCCUCCACUGUUCGUGUUGUAGCCAAACUCUGACGUAUGAAGAGCUUUUAAAGCCCAGACGGGGCGCAGGCAUUGUUACGUAGCACUCUGUCAUGCUGCUGUGUUCACAGAAGUAGAAAGUAAGACGCCGUCCGUGUGUCUGUGGCAUCUUUUUGUUAAAAGCCAAGGCAAAGAAAAACGUGCACACAGUUCAGCUGAGCAAUGAAGUAGACUUGUCGCUGCUUUAAAGAAAAAUGUUCACGGAAUGUUUUUGGUUUUAGGGUAAUUCUUACUUUUGCAAUCAAGCCUUAACUUGGAUUUUAACUUUUUGCAUUGUUUAAAAAAAUGUGAAAGAUUGAAAACUGGACAAUGUUACAGGUACUUUUUUAUUUUUGUUACCCAUACUUUAAACUUUUUCUUUGUAACUGAAUAAAAGUAUAAAAAGACAA